AUGAGCAACCCGGAAAUAAUAAACACAGUUCUCAACUGCCAAAAGGCGAUAGCAGCGUUUGCUGCUAUGGGCGCAUCGCUCACGGUCUUCUAUAUUGCAAAGAACCAAGACAUUGGCUUAUCUAUAUUCAAAUUCCUAAUUAAUGGAAUGGCUCUAACCUAUGCCAUAUCAAGCAUCACGACUGUGAAUACUGAUGUGAACAAUAAUACUCCUUUUUACGUUUUAGAGAUAUCUUACGAAUUGCUGAUAAUGAUGAUAUUGACAUUGGUGUUAUUUACGCUAAAGCGUACACAAUUUACUGAGUGCGAUGCUAUUUUUGGCACAAUCUUGCUGGUUAUUAUUUGGUUGUCUGGAGCUGGUUACUUGGCAGUCGCAUUGAGCCCGGCGUGGAGUGACUCUGUUAACUUUAAUACAAUCUUGCUUAUACUUUUUUUACUUAGAAUUUUAGUAGUUAUUUUUGUUGCGAUUCGAUUGGCAUAUCAUCGCAGUGUGACUACGCUUAAUCCACCAAAAGCGUCGUUAUUUGCAUUGAAUUUGGCUAGACUUUUGUUCAUAUUCAUCUGGUUUAUAUUAGACGGACCAGUACUCAUUGAUUCUGACACCUAUCCAGUUGUAUUCGCGACCAUAAUUAUUAUCGGUGUUUUGGUGUUGACGUCUGUCAAGAUCGAAUAUCCUGACAUUGUCGGUGCGGCAAGGCCCCCUGCAGGGGUCCCUGUCGGGGCGUAUUUUUCCCCUGUCAAUGCGGGAAGAGGGUAUGUUUCCCCUAUCAAUGGGUAUGUCACCAAUGCAGGAAGAGGGUAUGUCACCACUGUCAAUGCGAUGGGAAAUGCUCCCCCUGUUAAUACAGUGGUCCCUGUUAAUACAGUGGUCCCUGUUAAUACAGUGGUCCCUGUUAAUACAGUGGCUCCUGUUAAUACAGUGGCUCCUGUUAAUACAGUGGCUCCUGUUAAUACAGUGGUCCCUGCUAAUGCAGUGGGGCAUGUUUCCCCUCCCCCUGCAAAUGUCCCUGCAGAAGCAGUUUGA